AAUUGCACUUCCUUGAUUGUGCUCCAGAGGAUGUCCGGCUAAUGGCCAAAAUGUGUGCGUUCGGAGUGGCCCACCGCGGCUGGUCGCCGUUCUGCUACAUCUUCGACAAGAAAGAUCUCGACUUGCUAGAGUACGCAGAGGACUUGGACGACUACGAGGAGGACGCACACGGAAAUGAACGAAACGUCGCCUUGGGCUGCGUAGCCGUCGAGGAGAUGGUAGAAAAGAUAAGGGAGAAACUUCGAACGAAGCUCACGGGUGGACGAAGCUUUCACCGUCACCUCAGAGCAGCCCUGUAUUUCACACACGCGUCGGUGAUGAAGAGCCUCGUCGCCAAGUUAGGCCUAGGAAGGGCCACGCCUCCGCUGACCGCCGAGAAUUUCUGCCGUUACAGAAAGCGCAGGCCGUGGCGGUCGUCGCACCUGGUGCCUUUCACGGCUAACUUCGCCCUGGUGCUUUUCGAGUGCGGUCGCGGUCGAUUAUACGUCCUCUCUAUUCUCAACGAAAGGAUGGUCCGGAUUCCUGGCUGCCGAAGAGAGUUCUGUCCUCUCGAAGACUUCCUGAGGUCGAAGGCGGUUCAGAGUUCUCAAAACUGCGACCCCGAAAAACUGUGCAGCAAAAGCUGGAAUGCAAGCAUGGGCCCCGAAUAAGAAACGCCAGUUUAUACUUUCAGUUGGCCAAGUUUUUCGCUCAUAUCAAAUAAACCAUGAAUUCUGAUGCUAA